UCCAUCGAAUAUCUAUCGGCAUUCGGAAAUCUCUCCGAUUCGACUUUCAGGCGAUCUCUUUUUUGUUACACCAUUUGAUGGAUCAAGGCAAGGCUCUGGAAUCCAUUCAGACAUCCCUUCGGAAUAUUGAUUUGAAUUUCAAUCGCAAGAACCCUAACAAGUUUGCUAGGAAUUGUAACCCUUGGCUGCAAUCAUCCUGGUCACCUUUAGGAAAGAGAAGACCUCCUGCUCUCGUAAGCUUGUGUCUUGGAAUCAUAGGCAAGCACCUUGAGGAUAUUAUCGAGGAUUUAGAGGUACUGACCAGUUUCCCUCCGGACAUUAAGAUGGCCAUGACAGCCAUUGCAAGAAGAAGAAAGUUGCUAAAUGAUGAUGUGAUCGUUGCAUUGGCAGAGAGCUCCUGGGAAAUUCUUGAUUUAUCAGAUUCAGAAGUCUCUGAUAUUGGCUUGUUGAAAGUUAUAAAGAUUUGCAAUAAUGUGAGAGCUAUGGACAUAAGUCGUUGCAACAAGAUCACUUCAUUUGGUGUUUCAGAAAUUGUGAAGCAUUGUCAUUGUCUUGAGAUAUUGAGAUGGGGAGGAUGCCCAAGGAGUGAACACACUGCACGCAGCUCUUUAAGCAUCUUGAAACCGACAUUGAAUGAUGUCGAAGGGGAUUCAUGGGAGGAACUUGAUACCACAGAGAUCGUCGAUGGAGCACAGUCAUUACGCUGGCUUGUAUGGCCAAAAAUCGACAAAGAUUCCUUGGAGAGUUUGUCAACAGAAUGCCCCCGAAUUAUAGUGAAUCCCAAACCAUCGCUCUUUGGGCACAAAGGGAUUGAUAUUCCCCAACAUGCACUAGCCAGUGUAGCAUUGGAUGAGUUUGUUGUGGAAGACAUCGAUUCAAAAAGUUGGGCAGUUCCAGGAUCCAGGCUCAGGACAAACCCGCCCGUUUUGAGCACAAUUGAGUUGCCAAUUGCUGAAAGAUUUAGACUUGCAUUUGUGGAAAGAGAUGCUAGAUUGGCGCCAAAACGAGCCAAAAAUGCUAGACAGCGACAACGACGGGCGGAGCGGGAUUGGGUGACAACAAGUACAAACGCCAAGUCAAUGGUGCUUGCAGCACAAAUGAGCAAAAAUCUGCGUAAUUAGUAGUGGGUAUUGAUAUAGUUGAUAGUGGAAAGUUGGUAGAAUCUUGCUUAUACACUGUACUAUAACACUUUUAUGUAUGUUGGGUUAUUUAAAAA